AUGUCUUUAUGCAUCAAAAAUUUAUUAUCCGAAAUCUGUCUCAUACGUACAUUGAACAAUUUAAUUUUAAACGAAUGUGUUUUUGUUUGUCAAAGCGCGGUCACAAAUAACGUGUGUCGCACCAUGUCACAUAGAAAGUUUUCGGCCCCACGUCACGGUUCUCUUGGGUUCACACCCAAAAAGCGAAGCCGACGCAUUCGAGGAAAAUGUAAGGCUUUCCCACGAGAUAGAAGGUCCCUCCCACCCCAUCUAACAGCUUUCAUGGGAUAUAAAGCAGGAAUGACACAUAUCGUACGUGAGGUUGAUCGUGUCGGCUCUAAAGUACAUAAACGUGAGGUAGUAGAGCCAGUAACCAUAUUAGAAUGUCCACCUAUGGUCAUCGUUGGAAUGGUCGGUUAUGCACCUACUGCAAAAGGCUUGAGGACGUUCAAAACUGUGUGGGCAGAGCAUCUAACCGAAGAAUGCAGACGGCGCUUCUACAAAGAUUGGUGCAAGUCCAAAAAGAAGGCUUUCACUAAAGCUUCUAAAAAGUGGGCAGACGAAGCUGGUUUGGCGCAGAUAAGUCGUGACUUGAAGAAGAUCAAAAAGUACUGUACGGUUGUACGAGCUAUUGCUCAUACUCAGAUGAGACUUAUGAAACAUCGCCAGAAGAAAGCACAUGUCAUGGAAAUACAAGUGAACGGAGGGACUAUAUCCCAAAAGGUCGACUGGAUCCGCUCACACUUUGAAAAACAGAUUCCUAUUUCGAACGUCUUUUCUCAGGAUGAAAUGAUCGAUGUUAUUGGUGUGACUAAAGGAAAAGGCUUCAAAGGUGUCACUUCCCGCUGGCAUACGAAAAAGCUUCCAGGAAGACACACAAAGGUCUCAGAAAAGUGGCAUGUAUCGGCGCCUGGCAUCCCGCACGUGUAG